CUUGCCUUUUCUGGAUUCGUCUCCUUGCGGCCCUAAGAGCACCCAACAUGGAUUUAUCAGAUACUUGAGACGCACCUUUGCCCUGGGGUUUGGUGGCAACACUAGGAACCAACGUUGUGGGUUGCAAAUCGAUCGAGUAUUUAGUUUCCCACGAUUUCCCUCUUUUAUGACUUUGGCCUUCCUUGAGUUGAUUUGAUAAAGCCCAAGUUUUCAACAGAUAAUCGGCUGAACCUAUCAUGGCCUCCAAUAAUCUCCCAGUGCAGGAUAUCCUGCCGGCUGGCUCCCACGACGUCACAGUCGCAACGGGCCCAGAGAGAUCCUUGGACAUCCAGCGCGGUGUGCCAGGUAGCGAAGUUCCUUCUUACAACGAUGAGAAGGCUAGCAAUACUGUGGUGACAUACACAGAUGGCGAAGACGAGUUGGAGGAGCCCACUACUGAAGAAUUGGCCACCCUGCGCAAGGUUGCUGGUCCAGUGUCCAAAGUUGCUUACACGUUGUGCGCCGUCGAGUUCGCCGAACGUGCAUCUUACUAUGGAUGCUCCUUUGUCUUCUACAACUUCAUCGAGUUCCCACUCCCCAAGGGUGGAAACGGCUCGGGCGCUCCGCCCAAAGGUUCUGAAGAGACCGCUGGCGCUCUUGGAAGGGGCCUGUCCACUAGUUCGGCUUUGGUUCUUCUCUUCUCGUUCCUCGCCUACUGUAUCCCAAUCCUUGGCGGCUGGAUCGCAGAUACAAGACUGGGUCGGUACAAGACCAUUUGCAUUGGAGUUGCCGUUUGUGGUAUUGCACACAUCAUCAUGGUCUUUGGUGCACUGCCAAGUGUGCUGAAAGCCGGCCAUGGCAUGGCGCCCUUCGUCAUUAGUCUCCUGAUUCUCGCAUUUGGCGCAGGCCUCUUCAAGAGUAAUAUUGCACCCACCGUCAUUGAUCAGAUUCCCAACAAGAAGGCACACAUAAGGACUCUCAAGUCCGGAGAGCGUGUGAUUGUCGACCCAGAAUCGACAAUUCAGAACGUCAUGCUAACCUUUUACGGUCUUGUUAACGUUGGUGCUUUCUUCGCCCUCGCCACUACCUAUGCCGAGAAGGAUGUAGGCUAUUGGCUUGCUUACCUCCUGCCUGGUAUCAUCUAUUUUCUUCUCCCAAUCCUUCUCGUCGUGGCCUACAAGCGAACUGUGAAGUACCCUCCUCAGGGUAGUGAGCUUGGGAACGUGCUGAGAGUCAUUGGAAUGGCCAUUAAGAAGAACGGUUUCUGGAAAAUCGGGCGCAAAGGCUUCUUGAGCGCAGCCAAGCCAUCCCGAAUCAACGCAGAUGGAGCAAUCGGAAAGCAGGUCCCCUGGACUGAUGGCUUCGUCGACGAUGUUAGCAGAACUUUGGAAGCAUGCCAGAUCUUCCUCUUUUUCCCAGUCUAUAACCUGAACGACGGCGGUAUUGGCUCAAUCCAGACCUCUCAGGGAGCUUCGAUGACCACCAAAGGCGCGCCUAAUGACUUGUUGAACAACUUCAACCCGCUCACAAUCAUCGUGGCCGUUCCGAUCCUGAGCUAUGUCGUCUAUCCUUUGCUCCGCCGAUACAACAUCAAGUUCGGGCGCAUCACCCGAAUCACCUUUGGCUUCAUCUUGGCCGCCAUUAGCUCAAUCAUUGGUGCCAUACUCCAAUGGCGAGUGUACAAGACUUCCCCGUGCGGAUAUUAUGCCACAAAUUGCCAAAUUGGAGAUGGUGUCUCUCCAAUUUCGAUCUGGUCACAGCUGCCGCUGUAUAUUCUGGGCGCUCUGUCAGAAUGCUUCUGCAACGUCACGGCAUAUGAACUUGCCUACGCUCGCUCGCCCAAGCACAUGAAAGGUCUCGUUAUGGCCAUCUUCUUGUUCAUGACGGCCAUCUCCAGCGCUAUCGGCGAAGCCGUCACUCCUGCCUUGAACGAUCCCCACCUCAUCUGGCCAUUUGUGGGUACCGGUGUUGCUGGAAUCGUCUUGGCGAUUGUGUUCCACUGGAUGUAUCGUCAUCUUAACGAUGAUGACUUCACUCGCAAACCCACCGAAGACGAGCUGGUCCAACAUGCAGAUAAUGUUAGCUCGCCUAGUGACCUUGAGAAGAAGGAGAGCAGGGAGGGAGCCUAAACACCAGGUUAAUGUAUGUGCUCUGGCGUUAUGACUUAUGUUGUUUGAUAAUCGUGGCUUUUUGUUGGUCCAAGUCACCAAAUACCCGGCUGUAGGAGAACGAGGUUACGCUUGGAAUGAUUCUCGUCGCUGCUGAAUUUUUAUUUUUAUUUUUAUUUAUUUUUACUUUUUUUUGAUCGACAGCUGGUCUCUUAUGAAGACAUUAAUUAAAAUGAUUCGACAUCUUCAAGACUGUGCAUCCGAGCAAUAAUAGUUGGUGAAAACUCCUGAAAUAUUGUGCAUUCUUUUGCUUUUGCAGUGAUAUAAUUCCUU